UGAAGUGGAGAGAGAAUAUUGGGGAAUGGAUGGAAGUUGAUAAUGCUCUCUCUCUAAAGAACAAUAACCGCCCGCCAACCGCCCCCAACCGCCCCCACAUCUCCACUGCAUAAGUAACCCACACUGUCAUUUCUUACACGUUUUCACCAUUCUUAAAUUACAUUUACAUAUGGACACCAACAACAUUAACAACUGCCCUUCUUCCGACGAUGUCCUGUCCCCCCUCCACCGCCACCCUACUCACAACCCUAGAAAGAAGAAGCGAACCAAGUUUCUCACCAUCAUUAGAGACGACGACGCCGCUGCCACCACUUCCAAGCCUAAGCCCACCAGCACCAGAAAGCCUGACUCCUCCGCCCCCAAAAUCACCAGGCCUUGCACCGAGUGCGGCAAGAAAUUCUGGUCAUGGAAAGCCCUCUUCGGCCACAUGCGUUGCCAUCCUGAGCGCCAGUGGCGGGGCAUCAACCCACCUCCAAACUUGGUCCGCCAACAUCUCUCCGCAUCGACGGAGGAGGAUCACGAGAUCGCCACUUGUUUGUUGAUGUUGGCUAAUGCCCCAGUCGAGUCGCCUUCUGCUUGCGCUACUGUUAUAAAGGCCCCAGCCGGGGAACAUUAUUGUAACUCGGAAUUAAUAGGGAAUAUUAAUAGUAGUAAUAGUAAUGUGGUUGAUGGGGGUGGGGGGUUUGAAUGCUCGAGUUGCAAGAAAGUGUUUGGUUCGCAUCAGGCUUUGGGGGGGCAUAGAGCAAGCCAUAAGAAUGUCAAAGGCUGCUACGCCAACGCCAAUUAUAAGUCGAAGGAGGAGGAGGAGGAUGAUGAUGAUGAAGAAGAAGAAAUAUUACUAUUAGAGGGGGGUUGGAUGGAGGAGGAGGAUGAUGACAGCAAGCUGAUGAAGCAGCAGCAGAUGUUAGUGAGUGGUAGUUUAGGUACAGGGCACAAAUGCAGCAUAUGUUUGAGGGUUUUCUCGAGCGGACAAGCAUUGGGUGGACACAAGAGGUGCCACUGGGAGAAGAUGGAGGCGCCAAUGACUAGGGUUUCUUCAUGUGGUUUGGAUUUGAAUUGUAGUCCAGCUGUGGAAGAAGAAGAUGUAGAUGAUGAGGAUGAUGGUGGUGGUGGUUUUAACAAAUCUGAUUCAAGGCGGGUGGCUAAUUUGGAUUUGAGGUUACGGCUUUGAAGUAUUAUUAGGUAUGAGGAUAUGUAGGGUUUGUUUGCAAGGGUGAGAAUAUUGAUAUAUGAUUCAUGUAUAUGUAGUAUAGUGUAGUGUAGUGGAUCACAGAUGAUGAUGACAUAUGGACAUCUACAUGCAGCAAUGACUUUCUGUAUAUGCCUCCAAAAAUGUAGGGAGCUAUGAAUUGAUGGAUCAUUUCAUCAUGAUGACUAUAAUAUAUAUAGUAGUGAACUCAUCAUUUUAAUUCAAAUGUGCCGACACCAUCACCAUCACCAUCCAUCUUCAUAAGAGUAUUUGAGGAAUUUGGAGUAAUUAACCAGCCAUGAAAAAGUAGUAGAAUAUUAAUUAAGGCCUCUUAAUUUUGUACCUACGUAAC